AUAGAAGCUCAAAAUCUAUCACGUGUCUCAGAAUUCUAUCUCAUGGGACUGUCAGAGGACCCAGACCUGCAGGCCCUCCUCUUUGGAUUGCUCCUGUCCAUGUACCUGGUCACAGUGCUUGGGAAUCUGCUCAUCAUCCUGGCUGUCAGCUCUGACUCUCGCCUCCACACCCCCAUGUACUUUUUCCUCUCCAACCUGUCCUUGGCUGACAUCUGCUUCAUCUCCACCACGGUCCCAAAGGUGCUCAUGAACAUCCAAACUCACAGCAGAGCCAUCUCCUAUGUGGGCUGCCUGACAAAGAUGUCUCUUUUUCUCAUUUUUGGAUCUAUGGAUGAUCUGCUUCUUACCGUGAUGGCCUAUGACAGAUUUGUGGCCAUCUGUAAGCCCCUGCAUUACCACGUCAUCAUGAGCCCUCAUCUGUGUGGCCUGUUAGUUUUGGCUUCCUUUUUGUUUGGCUUUUUAGAAUCCCAACUGCAUAAUUUGGUAGUAUUACACUUUCCCUAUUCCAAUAGUGUAGAAAUUGCUAAUUUCUUCUGUGACUCUUCACAGGUUCUUAAUCUUUCCUGUUCAGAUACCUUUACCAAAAAUAUAGUCAUGUGUUUUGCUGGUACUGUCUAUGCUUUUCUUCCUCUCUCAGGCAUCUUUUUCUCUUAUUAUAAAAUUGUUUCUUCUAUUCUGAGGAUCCCAUCCUCAGGUGGAAAACACAAAGCCUUCUCCACCUGUGGCUCUCACCUCUUGGUUGUUUGCUUAUUUUAUGGAACAGCUGUGGGAGUGUACUUUUCUUCAGAUGAGUCAUCUAUCACUGGCAAAGGUGCAAUGGCCUCUGUCAUGUACACUGUGGUCACCCCCAUGUUGAACCCCUUCAUCUAUAGCCUGAAUAACAGGGACAUUAGAGGUGCCCUGAGGAGGCUGCACAGGAGAACAGUGUGA